GUUUUUGGGCUUUUGAAUGAAGCAAUUCGUUAUAAAUUCAUUUCCAAAUCACCAUUGAAACAGGAAAAGCCAUAAAAAAGCGAAGUAUCCAACAACGCGCUAUAAAUCCAUCGGAUUCAGAUUGGGUAAACGUCACAAUUAUUAUUUUCCUCCGAGCACGGAAGGAUCUUUCGGAAAAUAAACACAUUCACGAAGCAGGAAUAGUUUUAUCGUAAUUGAUUGCAAUUCGGAACACUUCCACAAUGCCCCACAGGCUGUGGUUGGCGUUUUCUGAUUCAUCGAUAAAGUCCCAUUAAAACGUUGAACGCUGCGAACCACCCGUUGGAUGAACCGUACGCAAUUGGUACAAACACCAAGAACAAGAAGAAGAAGUGUGGUUCUGGAACUGAGCGCGCAAACAACCGUACUGGCAGACGGGUGAUGACCUCCCCACAGACACAUACGCAGGGGGUGUAAAGACAUCCGUGCCGGAUGAUGCUGAACCGUGUGCGAGGCAAAGAGGUUGUGUGUUUCUCUGCCAGCAGAAGUGGUAACCUUCGAUGUGCAAUUUUGCCGAAAAAAUUAACAAAGGGAAUGAUAGAUCACUCCCUACCCGGUGAAGGAUUGUUCCGUGGUGUGCGAUGGUGUUGCAUGUUGAGUGAAAAGUGAAAAAGAAAAACGAAACAAAAAACAAGAAAGUGUGAAAACUGCUGGGGGUGAUGCGAUACUUUGUGGGUUUACGGAAGGAUACUACAGCAGAUCCUCGUUUAUUUACUGGAAAAUAGCUGAAAGUGCCUAGGUGCCUAGGGGGAUGUUGGCACAGCUUUUAAUUAAUUCUGUUUUGUGUAAGUGUGUGCAAGUGAUUCGUGUUUUGUUUUAAGUACGUCGACAUGCUGCCCGUCGCAAAGACAAUUAGCACAGUUUGUCCAUGAGGUUGUGCUAGCAUUUACAACAGACAAGCAAUGGAAAGGUGUAUUCCGAGGCAUAUUUAUACCUUACACGAUAAUCGAGCGCCCGCAACAAACAUCUUCAGGACGACAACCAGUAACUGUUGCACCACACCGGGACGUAGUACCACAGGCGGAAGUAUUUAACGCUCGUCGCUUGCGGAAGAAAAUGAACAGUGGCGAACGUGAUCUGACAGAAAUUGAUGGACGAAGGAUUAUUCCGUGUGUAAGCGUGUCGGAUGGACAAGAAAAGCAACAAGUAGCGACGAUCGUAGGCGAGGAUGCUGUACUAGCGAAGCAACCUGUACAUUUCUUUAGCAACCAUCACCAGCAGCAGCCACUGACACAGCAAACGAAUGCCCCCAACGGUGAACGGACAACGCUGGUACGAUCAUACGAUGGGACAAAUGUUGCGCUUGAUGCUAAUUCUGUUGUAAUGGAUGGUUCUUUUCAACAGCACGCGAAUAUUAAUCAGAACCGAGCAAACGCAACGCUUCCAGGAACAACAACCCUGCAAGCAGUCCUGAACGCUGCAUCAAGCCGUAUAUCGGAGAAAAAUGUGGAAAAUUCCAAUUCGAACGCAUUAACGGAUGGUGGUAACGGCGUUCCCGAACCAGACGAGCUGCUGUUGUACACUACAACGACCGUGCCGGAACAGUCGAAUACCGGAAGUAUUGAGCAAAUUUUCAAUCACGGCCGACCCGGUAGCAGCAACUGUAGCGCAAUGCGCGAUCCUCAGGAAUCUCACCACCGGUCAAUACCGACGGCAGGAGGACCACUCGGUGAGGUCGAAUCGGGCGAGGACGAUAACGAUUGCGUAGUCGUGUUGCCGUCCAGCGAGCGGAAAGUGGAACCGUUAAAAAUCAACCUAGCGCGCGAUCGGGAACCGCUUCGAACGGUCAUAAAACUUACCCCGGGUGCGAGCUCUACGCCGGACAGUUUUCAGCAGCUGUCACCCACGAUCCGCGAUGUGCCCGGUUCGCCGAAGAUAACAAUCAAGCCCCCGAAACCCCCGCAAACGGUAGAAAGCUCGUUGAUGGUGGUGGGGGGUUCAGCGGGAUCGUCAGCGCCUUCUUCUGCUUCGCAAAACAAUGCUGAGCAUCACACUAAUAAUUGCGUCGGUUCGACCUUACCAUCGUAUAGCAGCAUUCCAAAGCUUACCAUUAAGCCGAUCAUCAACCCGGCCAAUGACACGGCGUCCGUCUGCGAAACGGGUUCGUCGGCGGCAGGUGGCACGGUAGCGUUGUCGGUGGAGCAGCAAAUGCAUAUUAUUCCUAAGUUACUCAUCAAAGGUUCCGUUUCCUCGUUGGAUCCCGCCAGCCACGGUCGGGACGGAGCGGUUGAACCUCACAUUGUGCCUAAGCUUACUAUUCGUGGCGUUAACAACCACAAUCAUCAGCAGCAACAGCAGCAACAUCACUACGCCCAGAGCCAGUCGGAAUCGCAGGUUUACCCGAACGAUGGUGGGAUACCAUCGGCCAUGCUGCUGAUGGAUGGCGGCGGCGGCGGCGGGGUAGGAGGCCGGGGAGAGAGCAGUAGGACGCCGGGUUCGCCAACGCCGCUGGUUCCUAAGUUAACUAUAAAAAUGGAUAACCACCAUCCGGUGCAUCUGCACCAUCACCAUCAUCACAACAGUUUGCGCGUGAAAGAUGUUCCAGAUGUUGCCGAGGGCGGCGGUCCCAUACCGAAGCUGCACAUAAAAGCAAUACAACAGGACGGAGCAGCGCUGUCUGCAGGCGUAAACAAUUCAUCGUCUUCGAGUGGUGGCUGUAGCACCUCGUCGACGGGUUCGUCUCCUGUGCUAACCAGUUCGGAGGGCGUGAAGCUUACUAUAAAACCGCUGCCGGAACCACCAAAGCUGCCGAAGCUAACGAUCAAAACAACUGGUCUGGGAACGGUCGCGGAAACGAGCGACGUUUCGAUGGUGUCUUCAACGAGCAAUAGCUUCUCUCCCAAACUGUUGCCUUCGAUGGCCGCGUGUAGCAGCAGUUCUGGUGAACAUUUGCAGCAACACCAGCAAGUGAUGGGUGGCAGUGGGGCGAGUCUUUCUCAUCCAUUGUUGCAACAGCAGCUUCAGCACCAACAACCGGCUUCUCCGAGUGAUCAACAUUCUAACAUAAGCUCCAGUUCGAUUCCAAAGCUUACGAUCAAGCCGAUGCCCCCGAAGGAUGCAGUGGCGCCGGGUGGCCAGGAUUGUGUUUCCGAUGCAAACAACCCAUCGUCGAAUUUGUUGACGCCCACCGUGCCGAAGCUCACGAUAAAACCGAUUCUGCCACCGACAAAACAAUCUGCGGAGGACAGCAGCAGCUCCAGCGAGAUCAGUAUUAAUUCCCUCGAAUCAUCGCCAAUUUCAUCGUCCUCGAUUUCAUCUGCGCCCGCUUCUUCUUCUUCUGCUGCCGCGCUGGCAACAACUUCGCCACCGUCAGCAUUGAGAAUGACAAUCAAAGUACCUUCAUCGGCUGGACAGCAGCCGCAGCUGCACGAAAGCAGGGAUCUAGUGGGGAUGGAAUCCGCAAGUUCCAUGUCGACGGGAGGAGUUUCGGCUUCAUUGGCAACGGGUACGGUCGUCACCAGGCUUAACAUCAAACCGAUUCUCCCUCCACCUGCUGCUGCGGCACCGAGCGCAGACUGUGAUCGCAGGGAGGCGGAACUGGGCAGCUUGGAGAAUAAGAACGCCCAAGCACACACGUUGGUUAACACGUCGGACGAUGGUGAUUCAACACCGACUUCAUGUGAAGAAACGCGUAAACCGAUCGUUAUACCGAAAGUGACUAUUAAAACAUUAGCCAACCCCGGAAGCCAGGAAACGGAGAUCCUGUCCACGCCCAAGGUUACGUUAAAGCCCAUACCGAAACCCCAAGAAGACGCAGUUGCCACUGGGAAUGCUCUAGAUCGACAUUUAAUGCUGAGUACGGGUUUGUCCUCCGUCGUUACAAACAAUGCCAGUCAUCACUCACCGACGAACAGCACGACCGGAAGUGGUUUACCGGAUGCGUCGGAUUCACCAAGAAUUAUACUGAAAAUCAACAAGGGGUCCUCCUCGACAACGACCACAAGCGGCGAGCAGCUGGACAGCGCUACUACGGGUGCCGAUGGUGGACAGUUUCUGGGUGCUGUUCCUCCAGUGUCUGGUGGUUCUAUCCUCGCGAACGAACUGAAACGACCAGCCUCGAACGCUUUGUGUACCUCAGCCAUCCCUUCGUCCUCAUCCGGCUCGUCGUCGGUAUCCUGCGCUUCGUCGACGUCGGUAUCAGCAUCGGCCACCUCUUCAUCGGCCGGAUCAGACCCAGCGUCGCCGUCGUCCGGUGGCGGAGGUGAUCAGGGCGAGCUGGUGGGAUCGCACGAGAUGAAACGAAGCAAGCUCGAUCACUCACAGUCACAGCAGCUAUCGCAACACAUGCAGGGCGUGCUGGAUCAACACCAAGGGUUGAUGCGGCAAACGAUGCUUCAGACUCAGCACCAUCCGUACCAGUUGCAACUGCCGACCGGUACGCCGAACAAAGUCAGCGACGUAAUUGUGAUAGACGAUGAUAGCAAAUCGGAGAACGAAACGGUCGCGAAAGAGAAAGAUCAAACGGCCGCAUCCGUGUCGCGUUUACCUUCUUCGGCCACAGAACCGCCGACGCUGGCCAACAACGAGGGAGCGGUAAAUCGAACGUCGUUCCCGUCCCUUGCUGAUGGUGGCACAUCAUCCGUGCCGGUCAAACAGAGACGUACACGAGGGACACCGCGCGGUGCUGGUGCUCGCCAGCCCCGGAGAGGGAACGGUCGCAGUGCGGUAUCAGCGCUCGCUAAGCAGCAGCAAUUGGACGCGAGCGCAGCAGUAUCCCAGUUAUACGGACUGUUGCAGGACGAUCGUGAGGAAGGAUCUAGUUCCGACUGCAUGAUCGUUGACGAACCCGCCGCGCCGGCUUCAAACCUACGCGAACGGCUAACGCUUGAGAGUCUGUUACGCGCAGGAUCGAAACCAACGGUUCCUUCGUCCUCGUCGAUUGCGGGAAGCGGGAACUUCUACAGCAACGCACCCAUGUCCGGUGUUGUUGGGGAGGUGGAGAAAAAUGGCACCGCAAGCAAUAGUUCGAUCGGCAGUGUGGCUAGCUCGGUAAGCAGUUCCGUAACGGUGCCGGCAUCGACAACACCGGUUGCGAGCGGCCGGACGCCGGCAGCCGGAGUGCGCAUGAGUACGCGGCGUGCCGCUGGACAGCUGUUGAAGGAGGUGCUCGCUAACAAACACCAGGACCGGGAUUCUGGCGUGGAUGAAGCGCGUACGGACGGUGAGUUUGGGGCGACCCCUUCCAAGAGGGCUCGAGGCCGGCCUAAGAAGCAAUCUGUCGAUUUGACAGCGGAAACGAACGGUGGUGGCAACAGCAACUCGGUGGACGGAAGUAUCGGAGGCCUGGAAGCGGUUUCAAGUGAUAGCACUAUGCUGGCAGCAAUGGCAAUGGCGAUGGGAAGUGGGGGGGAUGGUGGUUCGCCAAUGCUGCGAGCUGACGACAGGGGGCUGCUUGGAUCGCAAACGCUCAUGGAAGGAAUUAUGCCGUUACCGAGAACGCCCGUACGCACGCCAAGAACGAGGGCUCGAGGACGUGGUCGAGGCAGAGGUAGGACGAACCUGAUGGAACCGGGUAAUUUGUAUGACGGAACCCUGUUAGCUGAAACUGCUAGCGCACUCGCGGUGGGCAAUGUUGAUCCACUGUUUAUCGGCACUACAAACACCAUCGAUCCAGCAGCCGGCUCGACGGAUGCUACCCAAGGCUUUCAACUACUCUAUAAUCACAUGCAAACACCGCGCGGUGGAGCAGGCGCUCGUACGCGCGGCGGAAGACGAGGUCCCGGUUCUAGGGGGCCCCGUACACCUCGGGGCGGUCGGGGUGCGGCAAGGGCAGCAAUGGCCGCACUGUUAUCUGCGGGAGCGGAUGAUACACCGUCGCACGACGUUAUCGGGCGGUUUGCGAAUCUGACUUCAGCUGAGCAAGCAGCAACGAAACAAUUGCUCGAUACGUUACAGCAACAGCAAGAGGAACAGCAACAGCUUCUGCAACAAAUGGCACCACAACACUCUGCGAACGCACCGGACAUGACGGCGAAAGUGAGAGGCCGAGGACGAGGCGCCAGGGCUAGCGGAACGCCAGCGGGAAGCACCAGACGGAAGGGAGGAACACGCGGCAGCACCAAAGCUGCCCGGGGUCGAAAGGGGCUAGAGAUGGAAUCGCCAAUGUUGAUGACCACCGCAGAAUCGAGUCCUGCGGGCGCCGCACUAGGAGAUGCUUCUGACCUCAAAAAUGCCAUCUUCAUGACACCGAUGGCGGGCGGACUGGAUUCCAACCGACCAAAGCUGCACGUGCGCGCACUGAAAACGCCGAGAAAUGAGAUCAAAUCCAACACACCACCAUCCAGCGCGGAAGUCGCCACACCGUCCACUAGCAGUGCAACAGCCAGCAGCAGAACGCUCGCAGCGGACGGUACCGGUCCCGGCGGUGGUGGUGGUGGGCUUCAGGUGUUCGAAGAGGACACACGCAUGAGCGGAGAUUUCAACUUCACCACACCGAUGCGUUUGCUCAGCUCCGGCGACGGAUAUCUGCAGCAGAACGAGGAAUCCCAAAGUUCGUACCUGAGUAGUGCCAGCGUUACGCAGGAUGCUAUCAACCAAUCGUCGGCCGCGAAUGCGACCGCCUCGGAAGACAAGGCGGCGGCGGUUGCUGCCGGAACGGCGAACGUGGUGUCGGCCGAUGCACAGAAAGAAUCCAUUUUGGCCGGUGCAACGUCAGCCAGUAACAGCAGCAGCAGUAGCAGUCGACGGCCAAAUAAGGGCAAAAUGGAAGUGCUCGAUUCGCACCGAGCCCAGUUUACGGUGGAUCUGCUGGCAGAGUACGAAUGGCCUCCGCCAAGCCCGGGCACACGCGGUGCCGAUACGUUCAUGAUCCAGGAACAGAUUGCGGAGUACCUGGGCGUGAAGAGCUUUAAGCGCAAGUAUCCCGAUCUGAUGCGUCGCCCGGUCGAUAUGGAGGAGCGUAACUUCAUUCUAGAGCAGGGGCUCGCCUCCGAGAAGAUGUGCGACCUUGGGCUGACGGCCGUGUACGCGUCGGAAAUACUGGACAUCAUGUGCACCGAUUAUCCGGAAAAGUAUGAAGAGUACACGCGCUACACGCGGGAAAAGCAUUUCCGUGAGCUGAGCAAUCGGCAGCGCCAGCAGCAGGAAGCGAUUGGUGCGGUGGUCGCUGCCGCCCCGAUCGAUCGUGCCCAGCUGCAGAAGGAAAAGGCCAUCGAAUCGGCAGCUAGCUGGAACUGUAGCUUUAACAAAGAACGACGAGAAUCGAGGCGAGCAUGCAUGGAUCUACAGACGUACGUGGUGCAGCUACCGAAACGGCCACAGCCAGUGCGCCCCGAGGGACAUCAGCAACCGGCACCGAAGGCACCAUCCACCAACUAUCCGGUGGCACUGGUGCCCGGCCAGUUCAGCGAGUUUUACACCACCUACACACCGGAGGAAUUGGCCUGCUACCCGAUCAACACUAUUCUGCUGGAUCCGUUCGAGCUGCAGGAAAUUGUUUCCUCCGAGCGCUAUCGCCGGUUGGUAGCUGCCGAAGAGGCACGGCUGCUCGAGGAUAGCGAUAGCAGCAGUAAUAGCAGCAGUGAUAGCGACGACAGCAGCUCGGACGAUAGUGACACCAGCAGUGGUAGCAGUGGCAGCAGCACCGAUGACGAUGGCUCAUCCAGCAGUGACUCCAGUGAUAGUGAGUGUGGCGACAAUGAGACAAGAGUUAAAAACGAACGCAAAAGGCAACAACGAAAAGCAGGAGAAGCAUGUCGUCUCAGUGCGGUUGGCGAAUGUGAAAAGAGUACAGAAGAAACUGCUGCUCCAGUUGCUCCGACGCCUGCCGUUGUUCCUGUUGCUGUCGCUGCUGCUCCUGUGACACGGUCCAGUAGAACCUUGAGUACAGGUUUAGUGGUUGCACCGGCGACGAGUGUCGAGUGUAAAGAACCAACCGAUUCGGAUGAUUCUGACGUCCCACUGAUAGCACAUGCUGUGAAGAAGAAAAACAGUCUCGCGUCAGCAACCGCACCGGUCCCUACUGCUACUACUACUACCACUGCUGGCCAACCGUCGGCAGGUGGUGGAAAACGCAUGCAGGAUACCGAAACACCAGUGAAACGGCCACCGGUAAACCCGUUCAUGUGUGCCGUGUGCAUGGGUCCGGAGAAUAGGAACAAAUACCACAAACCGGAACGCUUCGUACGUUGCUGUCGUUGCCGAAGGAAAGCGCACCCGUCCUGUAUCGGCAUGUCGUCCGUGAUGUAUAAUCGCGUGCAGCUGUACAAGUGGCAGUGCUCGGAGUGUAAACUGUGCAUGAAGUGCAACCGGAAACCGUCGGCAAUCGAUAGCAGAAUGGUGUACUGUGAUCAGUGCGAUCGAGGUUACCAUUUAGCCUGCAAAGGACUGCGCAAUCUACCCGAAGGACGAUGGCACUGCAGCAUCUGCACCGUGUGUGGCAUGUGCGGUGCCCAAACGCCGGAAGGUCAACCGAACCCACACCUUUCCGCUCAACAGCGGCAACAGCUGGCCAUGGUAGCCGAAUGGACGCACGAGUACGGGCUGAACGAGCUGACGAGCAUACGCGAACACCUCAGGACGCUCUGUGUGCCGUGCGUGCGUCAGCGUAAACAAUCCCAACAACAGCAACCAUCUGCCGAAAGCACAGCAAUACUUAACAACAACAACAACGCCGAGCCCAGGAAGGUGCUGGGAGCGAUGAGCAGCAGCAUAGUAGGGGGUGGUACUACGGCUAGUGUCCCCGGCGGGGGUGUGAUUUCUAUGAAACCACAGUCAUCGUAGUUCAUCGACGGUGAGUAGGUAGCAAGUGGGGUUAGCAGCACAAAAUGCAGAGUCAAAAAGGGAUUCAAUUCGUAGGGUGGAGACAGGGUGGAUGAUGAUGAUUUUAAGACCGUGACGCCGACGUUUUGUUUGUUGCUAGCUCCCUCAAUCUUUCGUUAGGGUCAAAUCUGGCCAUACAAAGCAGAAGACAUCAAGAACUCACCCUCAACCCUCAGGAGCGGUCUAAUGCUUUAUUUGUUUCCGUUCAUUUUAAAUUGUGCGUGUGUGACAGCAUUUUUAAAACAUAUUUUCGACGUCAUAAUGCUGUAAGGCACAGUCCCUCCCAUCACGAUGAAAAGCUGCUCAGAAUCUCCGUGGGGAAAGGGUAAGGACGGAGUAUGCCUGCAACAGAAAACAAGAUUACUUCAUGGUUUUACCUACAAACUAGUACCAUCUGCAUAAGCAUUUUUUGUUGUUGCUCUCACAUAAAUCGUCCGUUUCGUUAGAUACAGAGAGGGCCAAAAGCAAAGCAGCAAAAAGAGCAUCGUUAGAGAGAGGAAGCCUAAUUCGUUUCAUUUAUCAGAGUAAAUAUUGUAAAAAAAACACACACACAGCAGUGGCUUUUAAGUUCAAGCUUUGGUUAGUGGUAGUGCUUAGUAUUAUUAUCGUUAUUAUAAAUAUUUUAUGUAAAAAUUGAGCAAGGCUAGAGAGAGUAUACACGUUUCGUACAUGAGCAUUAUUCGAUUUGCAGUUGUUUUUGCUAGACACGGUUCAUUUUACAUAAGCUAUUCCCGUUAGAAUUACCCCCCUUUUUCUGUUGCUCUGUAGCAGAGAGUACGUGUGCGGCGACAUUAGUGUUAGUUUAUAUUUAGGUUAGUUUUAUUUUAGUUAAAGUGGGGCUUUUCGAAAAACGAGCAGUCCCGUUUCCCGGAUAGGACAUGCUGCUGCUACAGUAAUUCUUUCUAAUCUCUCUUGCUGGUAAGUUUAGUUUAAUUGUGCGUAAAGGUUUAAUAUGUUGUGUUAGUUUCUAGUAGGGCACUCAGCACUUGCAAUCAUUGGUCUAGCUUGUCUUGCUAAAAUGGGCGUUUUAAAACUAGCAAUAUAUCUAUAUACGUGCGCAACAAGCUGUAGCUUGUUUGCGGCAACUUUUAAAUCAUGCAGAACCGAACCUAAUUCCUAUCACGUGCAUGGGGCAUCCGCAAGCAACGAUGUGUGUUGAGCUGUUGCUGCUGCUGCUGCUGGCAUUUAUUUGCAAGCUUGUUUUUGGGAAUCUCACCGCUCCCAAUGUCAAACAAACACUUGUGCUCUGAGCUCUAUGGGUAAAUAUUUUCCAAUGAUUCAAUUGUAUAUUGUUUUGUAUAUUUAGAGGUAUUGUUGUGGCAGAUACACUCUACCAUGAUGUGUAGAUAUAUGGCAGACGCAAGGGUCUGUUAAAGCGUACCACACAGGGGUGGGAUCAAAGCUCCGAUUGGACCGACACUUCCCCGUCUCUUGUAGCAAGGACUGACUAAUCCGGCUAUGUGUAAUAAAUCGUCUCGUGUAAACCAUUAGGAGGGCAGCAAACACACACACACGCACUUUGAGCCAAUAGUAAUGAAUAGUAGGGAUAUGGAUAGGGAACACGUGUUAAUAAGAAAAAAGCAAUCGCGGAAAGAGGUAGGGAAUGUAAAUAUAAAAUGGAACAACAGCAAAAAAACACAGUCAAAAGAUACACACAUAUAUUCACAGAAAUAUUGAAAUAAGCAUAUUUUCUGUGGGUGUUUCGAUGAUCGAUAUACAUAUACUGCAUGCGAAACGGGAAUGAAAAACUCAGGCCUGUACAAGGCAACAGGAAUACCGAGAGAGACAUACCGGGGGAAAGAAUAAUUUAUCAGCUAGAGUUUCUUAACGUAGGAUUAACUGUGCUCAUUAUUUCAUCGGCUAUAUUCACUUGUUAAGAGUGCUGCUGCUGCUGCUACUACAGGAACAGGGGUUUGGUUAGUAGUGUAGGGAAGGAGUGCCCAAAACUGUUGUGUUGCACUAUUACAGAAGACAGAGAUAGGCGAGUACUAGCACGGCGCGCAUAAGAGUAACAUUGGUUAAAACAAGCAUCAUGCACAGAGAGGAUGGAAAGAUACGCAAUGUUAGCAUGUAACUUAUUUGCAUUCGCGCAUUACAUUGACGAAUACAUUUUUUACAAAAAAAAAAAUCCGUUCGCUAGUCGUUGGUUGGAAAACGUAUGUGUGUGUGGACACCCGGACCGCUCAGACAUGAUGACGAUCGAAUGAAAAUGUGCCUAAUUGGAUGGGGGAUGUAUGGUAAUAAUAAAUACUGAUUAGAAAAAUUUA